AUGACAAGGAAGAAGGUAAAACUUUCAUGGAUUGUGAAUGAUAGUGCAAGGAAAGCUAGUCUCAAAAAGAGGAGGAUAGGAUUGUUAAAAAAAGUCAGUGAACUGACCAUCUUAUGCGGUGUAAGUGCUUUUGCCAUCAUCUAUGGUCCGGGCGAUAAGGAGGCGGAGGUGUGGCCGUCCCACCAGGAGGUACAACAACUGCUGGCGAGGUUCCAAAGCGUGCCAGAAAUGGAGCAGUACAGGAAAAUGAUGAACCAAGAUAGUUAUCUCAAGGAGAGGGCAACCAAAUUCCGAGAACAACUAAGGAAGCAACAGAGGAAAAACAAAGAGAUGGAAAUGGGACAUCUCAUGCAACAAAUCCACCAGGGUAGGAAAUUGGAUGAACUUGAAAUGAGUGAAAUGACUGGUUUGGCUUGGUUUUUGGAGCAGAAGAUGAAAGAUGGUGGGAAAAGGGUGGAAUACUUUCCGCAAAAUGCUCUUGCCCCAAGUUCUUUUCCUCCCCUCGAGAGUGCAGCGCCUGCUGCAGAGGGAAAGACUCCCACAGAGGGUUACAUGUGGGAUCAGUGGUUCAUAGACAUGGUGAGCCAAAAUGAAAACGUUGCGGGUACCAGCAGCAGCAUCUGGAGUAAUAUGGGGCUACCACCACAUGCAUAUGUUGGUGAUCCUUUUGGGAACCAUGGAGGAGGCAGAGAUGGGAUUGAGAUGGGGCUGCCUCAUGGGAAUUACAAAGGAAGUGAGAUGGGAGGCUUGCCCUAUGGGAGUUUUGGGUUUAACAUUGGUGUGAGUGACAUAGGGCUGCAGCCUCAUGGGAGUUUUGGAGGCAUUGGUGUUGGAGGUGAUGUGGGGCUGGGGCUGCCUUAUCAUGGGAAUAUGAAUGUCAGUGAUGCUGCAAAUGAUAUGGGGCUCAGCAUGCCUCAUGUUAACAUUGGCAGCAGCAGUGGUGGAAGUGAGAUGGGGCUGCCUCAAGGCUUUUUUGGAGGAGGUAGCAUUGCUGGAACUGGAAGUGAUGCUGGCGAGCUGCCUUAUGAUGCCACUAAACCAUGGCCUAACUUUUUCUCUCCUUAG